AUGGCUCCAUGCGCGGACGCACUUCUGAAGCGACCGCGACGCGUCGAGCCAUUCUCCGUGCGGCCAUUAUACUCGAUUCACUGCUUAGGAGUCCCGAAAUUUGAAUUACUUUCAAAAAAAUCGAAAUGUUAAGUUUAAAAUUUAUCAAAUUUUCAUGAUAAGAUAGUGAUGAAUCGAAAUUCCCAGGUUAGAUUGUAGAAAUAGAAGUUUAUUUUUAUUAUCAUAUUGUUGUUUCUUUAUUUUCUCUUUUUUACACUUUUCAGCGGGUUUUUUUUCAUCUUCCUUAUGCUCAUUUUUUGUAUCUAUUUUUGCAUGUAUUUUUUUGUCGGGUUUCUGUCAUUUUUUUGUUGUUUUUGAAUGAAAUAAAUCAAUAAAAAAAGAAGUUGAAGACGUAAAAUCCUUUUUUUCUGUCGCGAGGCUCUGGAAUAAAAAAAUAAAAAAAGCAAUUUUUUUCAAAAAAACGUGAAAAAAACUUUUUAAACCAACUUUUUUUGUCGUAAAAUCAACUAGAUCAUAGAAAUGUGACACAUUCAACUUUUUUCCAUGUCUUUAAUGCUUGAAAAAAACUUGAUUUCAUCAAUUUUUAGUACAAAAAAAUGUUUUUGAAUUAAAUGAGUAUGCAAAUUAGCGCCGUUCUGUCUAUGCACCAAAAACGUCAUAUAUUACGAAAAUGAAGGGCAGGGCGUCGUAAAAAAAGAACGUUGGGCUCUCGAAAAUAAAUUGUGAAAUGUUUGAGUUCAAAAAGAUAGGAAAAUUUUUGAUUUUACUGAAUUCCAUCAGCAUUAGCAUUUUUCUUUUUCCGAGCCUCGAAAUUAUUUUCUUUUUUUCAUUAUUUUUUUAAAUAAAACCCAAUAUAAUGAACCUUUUUUUCAAAGUGCAGCUAUUUUUCAGCUUCCUCUUUGACCCCUCUAAAAGUUUACGCCUCUGCACUCUCCAUCAUUCCAACGCUAUUUCCUCGGGAGCUUACAACAUGUGUCCAGUCGCCGCACAAAAAUCGCCAGAUGCUCGACAGCCUUCCAUUUUUUGCGAGUUUUGGCCUUUUAUUUCUUUUCUUUCCACUUUAAGUUCUCGUAAAACUUAAAAUUGUCUUUUUUCGUAUUUUUGAACGUUAAAUGGAAGCUUAAUUCAUGCAAGUUUCAACCAAUUUUACGAAUAAUUUUGAAAAAAUAGGUCUUUUUUUUAGCUGUAAAACUCUGAUUAUAACUUCCAUAAGGCGUAAUUUUAUUUUUUUUUUUAAUGGAAAUUUUUGAAUAAAAUGAUUUUCAAGCCUUUUCCAAUCAUUUUCUUAACGUUUCGCUUUGAAAAUACGUUUUUUCAGGCCGAGAUGCUGACAUAUUUCUUCAUAUUAUCAGUUUUAUUCGUGAUUGGAACCUGCCAAGAACCGACGAUAACUUAUGAAGAAUAUUAUCAAUUCGGCAAAAAUGAAUAUACCGCCAAGAAUUGGCCCGAUUGCGUGGCUUUCAUGCGUCGAGCCAUCGACGAUUUUCGGUAUUUAUCUUGUACUUAGGAACGUCAGAGUGGCCCCUAGAGGGGGCCCUGUAGAAAUUGAUUGAGUUUGUCGGAUGCUUCUCAUAGAGUUCAUAAAAAUAAAGGACUAGUGUGCUCCCUUAAAUGCAUAGGGGCAGUAAAAAACGGUGUUUCAGUUCAAAGCAGUACUUUGUACAGUUUUUCAUUGCAAAUCGAACGGUGAACUUGGAAACGUACAGAAGUUCCUAGUUUUGGAGAAAAAAUAAUUCAAAGUCGGAGAAAGGAAAGCUUGAGUUCCCGCAAAAAGGGCGCUUUGCAGUAAAGUUGCUCUAUGGACAACACGCUUCGCCAUCUUCCGGAUAUUCGCUUUUUUCUUCGUUUCUUUCAAUUUUCAAUUUUUUCUGUUGUCACCAAAGUUCUUUUCGUCACAAAAGCUUUCUAUUUAUGUAUAAUUUGCAAACUUUGAUCGCAAAAAAGCUUUUCUGGUGAAAAAUGAUGAUUUUACACAGGUUUCGAUUGGGAUAGCGAUUAUUUGUGUUUUCUUUAAUAUCACUGUGUGUUUUCUGCUUUCCUGAUCGAUUUUUCAGAGAAGAAACCCUUAAUUUGAAGCAGAUAGCCGGUUAUUUCUCACAAAAUGCGAGUCUAAUGAGACGUCCGCAACAUCGCGUGCACGGCUACUGUAAACAUUUGUCCGUAGGCCGAUCCAAAGCCUUUUUCAAAAUUGAAAGCGCGAAAGUGAAAUCGCGUUUUUCUUCUAGAGUUGUCACAUCUGUAAUUUUUUUGAGUACACAGUUCGAUUCGCGAAGAAAAACUGUAUUAGAUACUGCUUUCUCCUGAAACCCCAUUUUUUACUGCCCCUAUGCCUUUAAAGGCCACUAACUAAAAUCCCUAAAGGGGCCACUUUUGCAAGCUCUAGAGCCCCUAUAGGAUAGUUCAAGUGGUCCCUCGAGGAGUCCUUCGAGUGCUUGCUCCUCUAGGGACCUUUCUAGUGAUAUUUUGCUUAAAUAGCCUUUUAAAGUCCUGCAAUCGCGCUCCAACGAACUAAUUCUUUGUAGGGCUAGCUAUGCCUGUUUUCCAUAUCAGAAAAGAGUGAAAGUCAGAAAAUUCUUGAAAAAAUGAAACAAAAUUCAUAAAAAAAACAAAAAAAGAAUUCAGAUAUUUUGAAGACGAGCUCUUCUACUGUCGCAAAAAGUGCGCCAACGUCGUCGAAACGCCGAAAUCCACUCAAAAACUGGCCCGAUGGCAUGAGACGAGCGAAAUCGCGUUGUGCGUCUUGCGAUGUCGCAAAAAUCGGCUGGGAGGUUCGGAUUUCGAAAAAAAAAACGACGAGAUUACUCACUUUUCUUCGUUAUUUUUUCAGUUUUCAUUGAUUUUUCCCCACUCCCAAGUUACGGUGGUCAAAAGGGUUCAUAAUAUUGUUAAGAUCGACCUGGAAUCAAAAAAAUGAGCGUUUAUUACGAUAUGAUGGAACGGAAGCCUUAUCAAUACAUGCAUAUCUGCUAUUGGAAGGUUUGCUCUUUUCAUUGCAAUUUAUCGCUCAUUGUUGCUCAUAUUAGUGGGAUAUGAAAUCUAAACUUGUGAAAGUUACUGGGUAGUUUGAAAAAAAAGACUUCCCAGUGCGUCAUAAUUAUUGAAACGUGUGGGAUUGUCGCUCAUUUUUAAUGAUUUUCCAAAGUAUUUUUGGGUUUUCCUGUAGAGUUUCGUUAUUAUUAUACUUAGAAAGAGUUUUUUAAAUGUUUAUUUCAAAAAAAAAAAUUAGCCGAAAUUCAAAAUGGACUCGUUUUUUUGAAGUGCGUCAUAAUUAUUGACACGACCAAAUACAUUUUUUCAUUUUUUUGGCAAAUGAUUUGAUUUUUUUUGCUUAUUUUAAAGUUCUUGUAAAGUUCUAUAACUGAUAAAACAAAUAAAAUCAAUUUUUUCAGCAAAACGACUUUGCCCAGGCCGUCCAAUCGGCCUACACCUUCUUGGUGAACAGUCCAAAUGACGUCGAAGCCUUGGCCAAUGUGAAAUUCUACAUGAAUCAACCGGAAUACGACGCCUCAAUGUUGAUUGAUGCGGAAAGAAGGGAUUACGAGGUGAAGAAAGCUGUUAAUUCUGAAAAUUUGUCGGAAUAUAGCUCAAAAAACCGGUUUUUGUGUGAAAAUUUCUGGCGUAAAUGAUGAAAAUUUGAAGUUUUGAGGUAAAUUUUCACUUUCAAAGCAAGGAAAAAGUGAGAAAGCUGCAAAAAUUGGUUGAUAAAAAAUAGCCGAAUUUAUGAGUGAAUGUGCGCUCCAAGGAACAAAUUAUGAUUUUUGAUAAACUAUUCCGAUUUUCACACUAUAUUUUGUCCACGAAUCGUAAAAAUAGUAAGAGAAGUCUCAAAAUUUCACAAAAUCUUCUUAUUUUGAAGGUUUAAGUUUUUUUCCAUGGAGCACUCUUGCUCAGAAUUUUUUCUCAAAUUUCGUAUCUUUUGACUAAAAAAAUUUUUUUCUCUGUUUCAAGUCAAUAGUAUGGUUCAUAAAACUUAAACCCCUUGAUUUAAAGAAUUCAAGUUUUUAUCCAUGGAGCACUCUUGCUCUGAUUUUUCUCAAUUUAUUUCUCACUUUUUUUUCGCUGAAAUAUGAGUUUUUUCGCUAUUCCAAGUCAAUGAUAGGGUUCAUAAAUCUAAAAUCCGUUUAUCUAAAAAAUUUAAGUUUUUAUCCAUGGAGCACUCUUGCUCCGAUUUUUUCUCAAUUUUUUUCAAAACUAAAGUUUUCCUGUUUCAAGUCAAUAGUAUAGUUCAUAAAACUAAAAAUUUCCAGAUCAGAUUCAUGGCCGGCGUGGAAGCUUAUGAGAACCAAGAUUGGCAAAGAUGUGUUCAGGAAUUCGAAAUUUCCCUUGAGAAGACCCUUCAGCAGGAUGAGAAGUUUGAAAAAAUAUAUAAAGUGGAUUUAAUUAAUCAAUAAAAUUCAGGUGCCGCUACCUUUGUGAAGACAAAAUUGACUGGGCGUCGGUGGAUGGGAAUCCGGAGAUUGAAGUCCUGUCGACGAGUCAGUUCUUCGAAAAGUGGCCCCUGAAGGGUUCAAAAAUGAAAAUACAGGCAUGAGGUCUUCAAUAAUCCGUUGUCAGCACAACUGUCUUUAUCGAUUGGGACGAAUCAAUGGUCACUACGUGGGCCACUUGAUCGCCGUCCACUUCGAAUACACCCAUUUUUGCCAUUUCCAACGUGGGUUUUGAUCCAGGGAGUGGUUUUAUGAGCUACGUCUAUGAGUACCGAUUGAGCUACUUCUUGAAAAUUUUUAUUUUCAAAUGUUCAGUGAAACGGGGAAGUGAUGCGGCGCAGGCGGUCGCCAACUACUUGCUUUUCGACGAUAAUCCACUGAUGCGUCGAAACAAGCAUUUCUACAUGGAAAAAUACCAAAAACCCCAGCUUUUCGCUCCCAGCGAGGUUAGAUUGGAAUGGCUGAAAGCGUUGCGGUCGCGCUGCGUUUCUUGUUGAAGUUUCGGUACUCAUCCUGGCGCUGCACCCGACCUUGAGCGACUUCCUAUCAUUCUUGCAGAAUGCAAAACCGGCUGGCCACUUUGCAGCUCUCAAUCGAUUGAAUUGGCCGAUUUGCAGCUCCCAAUCGAUAAGGCUGGCUAAAUUGCAGCUCUCAAAUGAUCGAUAUGGAAACUUUGCAGCUCCCAAAUAGAUAAGCAAGGGAAUUUGCAGCCCCCCCAAUUGAUCAAGCUGGCCGAUUUGCAGCCCCCAAAUAAACCAUCUGGAGAAUUUGCAGCUCCCAAAUUGAUAAGAAAAAGAAUUUGCAGCUCCCAACUGAUCAAGCUGGAAAAUUUGCAGCUCCCAAAUGACCCAGCUGGCAAAAUCACAGCUUCCAAUCGAUUGAGUUGACGAAUUUGCAGCCCCCGCAUGAUCAAGCUGGAAAAUUUGCAGCUCCCAAACAGACAAGAAAGAGAAUUUGCAGGCCCCAGGAGUUAAGCAAGGGAGUUUGCAGCCCCCAAUCGGUCAGUCUGGCAAAAUUGCAGCUACCAAACAGACAAGAAAGAGAAUUUGCAGUUCCCAAAUAGAUAAGCAAGGGAAUUUGCAGCCCCCAAUUGAUCAAGCUGGCCGAUUUGCAGCCCUCAAUUGUUAAAGCCGGCAGAAUUGCAGCUCCCAAGCGAUCAUGCUUACCAAUUUGCAGCUCCCAAGAAAUAAGCAAGGGAGUUUGCAGCUCCCAACUGAUCAAGCUGGAAAACUUGCAGCUCCCAAAUGACCCAGCUGGCAAAAUCACAGCUUCCAAUCGAUUGAGUUGACGAAUUUGCAGCCCCCAAACAGACAAGAAAAAGAAUUUGCAGCCUCCCAAGAAUUAAACAAGGGAGUUUGCAGCUGCCAAUUGAUCAAGCUGGCCGAUUUGCAGCCCUCACUUGAUAAAGCCGGCGGAAUUGCAGCUCCCAAAUGAUCCAUCUGGAGAAUUUGCAGCUCCCAAACAGACAAAUAAGAGAAUUUGCAGCCCCCAAGAAAUAAGCAAGGGAGUUUGCAGCUCCAAAAUGAUCAGGCUGGCUAAAUUGCAGCCCCCAAAUGAUCCAUCUGGAAAAUUUGCAGCACCCAAACAGACAAGAAAGAGAAUUUGCAGCCCCCAAGAAAUAAGCAAGAGAGUUUGCAGCUCCCAACGGAUCAAGCAUAUCAAAAUGCAAUUUUUACUUGAUUGGGAAUACCAAAAAUUACAGCAUUGAGACUUUAAUUAACCGUUUCGCGACCGCAACGCGCUCAGCCAUUCCCAGUGCGACCAUGAAAAUUAAAACAGUAAAUAUAAUUUUCCAGAAAAUCAUCAAAGUCCACGAGCAACGAGAGCUAGAAAAGCGCUAUUUGGACUUUGUCGAGAAGAGAUUCCAAGUCAAGGACGAUGAGGUUGAGGAAAAGUGUCCGCAUUUUACAGACUUUUCAUUUUUCAGUUUCCCCCUGAACAAGCCGACGACCACAAAAGCUUCCAGACCGAGGUGAGGGUUUUUGAAAAGUGACGUCAUGAUUCAAUAACGUCAUUUUUGUCCUUCGUGGUUUUCAUGAGGUCAUCAUAAUACGUCUGGAAAAAAUGACACAGAGAUGUCUAAACCUCUUCUUUUCUCAAAGUAUUUCCCUGAUCUUGAAAAAAGAGCCCUUAAGAGGCCACUUGAGCUUCAGGGCUCAGACCUAGAACUCCAUAAAGACCACCUAUAUUUGACCCCUCCAGGGAGCACUAUUUUGCCCCCUAGAGGGGUUGCUUUUUUCCUAACCCCUAUAGGGACCAUUCUAGAAUUCCGAAGUAGGGUCUGUUAUCUCCUCUAACCUCUAUAGGGGCCAUUUUAACGUUCCUAAUAGAAUGAACUAUAAAAAUCCAGGUUCCACUCAACGACGAGUUCCCAUACGCGGCCGUCCCUUCGCUCCUGAAGGCCGGCGAGUGCAAGACACUCCGCUCAACGUUCGCGACCGCGACGACCAAGGCACUCGCCGCGGAACUGACCCGUCGCGUCCGCGAAAUCUGGCCCCGAGCCGAGCUGGAAUCGAUCGAUUGCGGGAAGGAAGUCCGAGAGGCGGCCUGUAAACGGCCCAUCGUGGUAUCCUUGGAGGCUGAGGACUGCUCCCAGUGGCUCGGAAGAUGGUUCGGAGGAUGUGCUGCGGUCCAUUGUGACCGGUCGCUCGACUAA